GUCGGUCAUUGGUGUUCGUUUAAAGGGAACUGGUAACUUGGCAUGUCUCUUCAGCGCCCGUUCCUGAUUCUCCCAUUUUUUUCCGACGUUGUGUGUGAAAAUGAAAGCACCACUUGCCCCGGUUGCUGGUUUGAUCUUUCUCAGGUCCGAACAGGCAACCUACUGCCAUCCAACCCUUUCAAGCGCUGUGGUCUUGAUGCAUCCUUGUAGAAGGGUCCAGUGGCAGUGUGACACACAAGCCGUUCUUCAGUAUGAGAGCACUAACUAGUAUGAAAAUGCCCUUUCUGGGAGCCUGGCGAGCCACUCUACCCUUGUGAAGAUCUGGGUCAAGGGUUUUCCUGACUGCCAGUGUCCUUCAAAAUUGAGAGCCUGAAGCAGAAUUUCCCAAAGCAUGUUCCAGGGAUUAUCUGCCCCCGGAUAUACUUUGGAAGCAGUGCUUUCAUAAUCAGAAUCCUAAUGCACCUGGCUAGCUGGUGGUGAGCAGGAGCUUUGGGGCCAUUGUGGUUGGCUCCCCAAGGAAAGCUUUUGAAGCCAAUGGAUGCGUUCACGGGCUCGAGUCUCAAGAGGAAGUUUGAUGAUGUGGAUGUGGGCUCAUCAGUUUCCAACUCAGAUGAUGAGAUCUCCAGCAGUGACAGUGCUGACAGCUGCGACAGCCUCAAUCCUCCUACAACUGCCAGCUUCACACCCACAUCCAUCCUGAAGCGGCAGAAGCAGCCUCGGAGGAAGAGCGUGCGCUUCGACCAGGUGACCGUAUACUACUUUGCCCGGCGCCAGGGUUUUACCAGUGUGCCCAGCCAAGGCGGCAGCUCUCUAGGUAUGGCUCAGCACCAUAACUCUGUGCGCAGCUACACGCUUUGUGAGUUUGCACAAGAGCAAGAGGUGAACCAUCGUGAGAUCCUUCGUGAGCACCUGAAGGAGGAGAAACUCCAUGCCAAGAAAAUGAAGCUGACCAAGAAUGGGACAGUGGAGUCAGUGGAGGCUGAUGGCCUGACACUGGAUGACGUUUCAGAUGAAGAUAUUGACGUGGAAAAUGUGGAGGUGGAUGAUUACUUCUUCCUUCAACCCCUGCCUACCAAACGGCGACGAGCCCUACUAAGGGCUUCUGGGGUCCACCGCAUUGACGCCGAAGAGAAGCAGGAGCUUAGAGCCAUCCGCCUGUCUCGGGAAGAGUGUGGCUGUGACUGUCGACUGUACUGUGACCCAGAAGCAUGUGCCUGUAGCCAGGCUGGGAUUAAAUGCCAGGUGGACCGCAUGUCCUUUCCUUGUGGCUGCUCCAGGGAUGGCUGUGGGAACAUGGCUGGGCGAAUUGAGUUUAACCCAAUUCGUGUGCGGACUCAUUACCUCCACACUAUCAUGAAGCUGGAGUUAGAGAGCAAGCGGCAGGUGAGUCGUCCGGCAGCCCCUGAGGAUGAGCCCUCGCCCGCUGCUAGCUGCAGCCUGCCAGGAGCCCCAAGCUCUGAGACCCAGGACUUCCAGGAGUUCAUUGCCGAGAACGAGACGGCAGUGAUGCACCUGCAGAGCGCGGAGGAACUGGAGCGGCUCCAGGCAGAGGACGACUCCAGCGGCUCGAGCGCCAGCCUGGACUCCAGCAUGGAGAGCCUGGGCGUGUGCAUCCUGGAGGAGCCUCUGGCUGUUCCCGAAGAGCUGUGCCCAGGCCUUGCCGCCCCCAUUCUCAUCCAGGCUCAGCUGCCCCCAGGCUCCUCUGUCCUGUGUUUUGCUGAGAACUCUGACCACCCAUCAGCCUCACCAGUGAGCAGCCCAUCCUACUUGAACAGCGGGCCCCUGGUCUAUUACCAAGUAGAGCAGAGGCCAGUCUUGGCAGUGAAAGGAGAGCCUGGUACAGAAGAAGGCGCGGCCUCUUUCCCCAAGGAGAAGGAUCUCGGUGUCUUCUCCCUCCCUGUUACCUCACUGGUGGCUUGCAGCCCCUCAGACCCGGCAGACCUCUGUAAGACAGAGGUGGGGAAAACGCCCACUCUUGAUGCACUAUUGCCCGAUGAUUGUAGCCCUGAGGAGCCUGAGAGUGAAGACUUCCAGCCCUCUUGGUCCCCCUCUAGCCUCCCCUUCCGAACGGACAAUGAAGAGGGCUGUGGAGCACAAAAGAGCUCCCAGCAGCGUGAGGAGCGGACCCCUGAAGAGGCUGCCCUAGAACUCCCUCUGGCAGUGUGACCCAGGGUGCAGUUCCUAUCUCCGACUCAUUCUCUACUUACUAUCUAACACCAUGUCAAAGGAAGACUGCUGCUCCCAGAUUAUUUUAUUGGGGUCUUUGAGAAAUGGGUGGGAAAAGAUUGUUUGUACAUGUAUUUUUUAAAAGGAAAACUAGUACCAAGACCAGCCCUAGCUUGAUCUGGAGUUAAUUUUCUGGGAGGCUGUGCACAGUGCCCAAUACUGAGCUUAUGGGCCAUCAGAACCAAGCUCUAGAGUCACACAGGAGGAGCUAGGUAACUCAAGCAGCUAUUCUUCAUACACAGGGACCAGAACCCAAGAAUCUGAACAGCAUGGCAAAGCCCUUUCCUGAGCUCCACAAGCUCAUUUCUCUUGAGUGGUCUUAAUACCCGUCUUGGUGUAUCAUAGCCCACUGUUGGAAAGAUCACCUAGCUGAAUUAGAGAGGAGUGGGUGGAAGGGUCUCUUCUGUACAAAACCUGCAGGGUUUCUAAAAUUUUAAUCUGCCUUCCUGUGGCCCCUUAUUUGGUAAAUGCGUUAAUAUUUGACACGAUUAGUGUUUCCUGACCAGCUCCCCACACUGGGGAGUCCUGGUCUGUAACUUGAAGUCUUUUCUUUCAUUAUGUUCUUAGGUACUAGAGUUAAAUCUAUACAUCUUUUCCUCCAUCUUUUUUCCUUUGAAGAAAAAGCUGGGUUGGCUGGGGAUUAUGCUACAAAGAUCCUGAGACUUCUGCAAUGUCAGGCAGUGCAUACCCAUCUCACUGGCCAGCGUGAGCAUUAACUGUCCAGAGGAUGCCAUAGGAACAGGAACAGGCUGCUGUCUGGAGAGAGAAGUCUGUCUGUCAUGCUUGCUUGUUUUCCCUCCUGUGUGGGAAAUCAGCUUUAAAUGGAAUAGAUGUGGCAAUCUAAGGUCACUGAUGAGUUUUGGGGGUUUUUGUUUUGUUUUGUUUUUCUAUACCUACCUUCAUAGUCCUUAGAUACACACUUACAAGAGUACUAUUGUAACUCAACCCCACAAGUUAAAAAUGUUUAUUGGACCCUUUCAUCUUGGUGAUUUAUGAAAACUGGAAACCAAACCAAUUCUUUACUGCCACAUAAAACUCCCAGGUUCCAAAGAUUCAAGAUCCGAUAAUAACCUUUGAAACGUACAGAAUGGGAUUCAAGUUUAGUUCUUACCUCUUUCAGUAGUUCCUGUUCCUCUUAUGUCAUUAAUGAUCCAAGAUCUGCUCCACUGAUUUCUUUAACUUGGUAAAGUUAUCUUUGCCUCUGUUUGAAAAUGGAAGCACUGGGGGCUGGAGAGAUGGCUUAGCAGUUAAAAGUGCUUGCAAGCCGGGCGUGGUGGCGCACGCCUUUAAUCCCAGCACUCGGGAGGCAGAGGUAGGAGGAUUGCCGUGAGUUCAAGGCCACCCUGAGACUACAGUUUAUUCCAGGUCAGCCUGGACCACAGUGAGACCCUACCUCGAAAAACCAAAAUAAAUAAAUAAAUAAAUAAAUAAAUAAAUAAAAUAAAAGUGCUUGCUUGUAAAUGGAAGCACUAGGGGGCAAACACAGUUUUUCUUAUCAUCUUUUAUACUGCACUUCUGGUAUUACUAACCAGAAUUAUUAUCAUUAUUAUUAUCAUCAUUAUUUUUGGUUUCUUGAAACAGAAUCUCAAUAUGUAAUCCUGACUGGUGUCGAGCUCAUUGGGUGGAUCAGGUUGGCCUCAAAACUUGUGGCAAUCCUCCUACCUCUGCUUCCUGGAUGCUAGGAAUUUUAUUUCUUCCUGGGUAACAGGUAUCUUAAAGCAAACUUCAUGUUAUGACAGCAACAUUUCACUUGUGAAAUCUAAAUUCUGAGCCUGGUGGGCCCUGUACUUAACUCAGAUACAGGUUUUAACCCAUUCUGCCUUUCCUGAUAUAUUUUUUAAAUACUUUAUUUAUUUUAUUUGAGAGAGAGGACGAGGCAGAGACACAUAGAAUGGGCGUGCCAAGAGCUUCCAAUCACUACAAACUCCAGAUGUAUGCGCCUCCUUGUGCAUCUGGCUUACAUGGGUCCUAGGGAAUCACACCUGGGUCCUUAGGCUUUACAGGCAAGCACCUUAACCGCUAAGCCAUCUAUCUCUCCAGCCCUCCUGAUUAGUUUGGUUUCGUGUUAGAAGAAAAUUCUUAUUGAAGUUCAUAGGCCCUUAUCUCUUCCCAUUCCCUCACAAAAAGUUAUCUUCAGUACCCAAGGGCUAGAUAACUUUCCAAACCAAUAGAGUACACCCUUACUCCACUAAAACUCUCAAACUCAGAAUUGAAACUUAACUGGGAAUUCAGUUGUGGAGAGAAGAAUCUUUCUGAAAGUUUAUAGGAAGAGAGGGGGUUCUGCACAUUCCAUCCUUACAAAAGCCCCAGCUUAAUUCAGGCUGAGGAAUCUAGUUCUCAUAAGAAACCCAUUAGCCCCUGGAAUCAAGUGAACUUAAAUUUGUAAUUAUUAUGCUUAUUGCCAACUGCAAGAUAUUUGAUAUUUCCACAAAAUUCCAGUUUCUUAAUCUAAAUCCAUUUCUUUCAUUAGUUCCACAAUUCUGAUUUGAAUGCAUCUCAAACUUCUGAAUGCUAAAUAUGAACAUUAGCAUUGACUAAUGUGAAGCAAAGGGCCUUUUAUAUAGCCUAGUCCAUCUCAUCUCUGGUGCUACUUGAGUUGGACAAAUUCUAGCUCACAGUUGCUAGGAAGGUUAGUCCCACUCACUCUAGGUUGGUAAGAAAUGACUCAUUACCACAACUUCAUUUUCAGUUUCCUUUCUCACUGUACACAGGUAGUAUUCUCACUGUGAAUCCAAAGCUUGUCUGGUUCUCUGAAAACUUUUUCUCUUUAGGUUCUUUAAAUUGUGAUCAUGCUGUAUUUAAAAAGAAUAUUUAAAUGUAAUAUUAAAGAAAUAUUCAAAGCUG